AUGAAAAAGGUGCUUUCAUCGGAUCUGCACUGCAUCCACACAAUUGCAAAUCCAUCUAUUGUCUACGGCAUCCUGAGAGAGUCAAACCGUGCAAUCACCACAUACAACCAGCUUAUGAGGCACUAUGAGGAUGGCCACAGAGACAUUGCAGUUGUGUUCGUAACACCAAGAGACGAUGUGCUUUUCAUACAUAUUCCAUUGUUCUGCAAGCACUUUGGGAUCAGGCUGUACGCGCUUCCUGACGAUGCAAAAGAUGUUUUAAAAUCCAUAUAUGGCAUGAAGCAUGUCAACAUUAUAGGACUGUACAAAGAUGACGUGUCGCACAGGCAACUCAAAGCACUUGACUUGGAUACGCAUACGCAUCAGACAAUUGAGUGA